AUGGUGUUUUCGAGCAUGGAGGUACGAGAUGUUGUCUCCUGGAACUCUUUCCUCUCUGCAUAUGCCCGUAAUGGGUAUUCCAUUCGAGUUUUGGGAUUGUUUGAGGAGAUGGAUGUGAAGCCGGACAAGGUGACUUACCUUGCGGUUCUAGACGCAUGCGCCACAAUGGCUGCUUUGCAACGAGGAAAAGAGAUCCACCAUCGCAUAGCUGUGGAGGACGAGCAGCUUCUCUCGGACACGAUGCUUGGGAACUCGCUGCUCAACAUGUAUGGCAAAUGCCAAAGCGUGGACGACGCAGCUAAACUUUUUGAGUCGAUCCAUGGUCGCAGGAGCGUUGUCACUUGGACAGGGAUGAUAUCGAUCUACGCUCAAAACAGCCAUGGCUGGGACGCUUUGAGAUUAAAAGGGCCGAGAAUUGCACGCUCGGAUCGUCCAAGCUGGGCUCUCGAGCAGCGUGAUCCUGGGGACAGUGUGAUGAACAUGUAUACGAAGUGUGGGAGCUUGGAGGAUGCUAGAAGCUUAAGGCCGGACGAGAUCACUUAUCUCAACGUUGUAACCUCGUUGGAAACUCCAAACACUCCACUCCUUGAUCGCGUCUUUGCGAGGAUUGUCUCCAAUGGUUUAGAAUCCAAUCCCUUCGUGGGUCAUGCUCUCGUGAGCUUGCAUUGUCGGAGUGGAAACUUGGAGCAAGCCAGGAAGAUUUUCGAUCUAGUGGAGAGACGACGAGUGGUUGCAUGGACGGCCAUGCUCGUAUGCCAUAACGGGCAUGGCAGUGAAACCGUGGAGCUCUUGCUAGAGUUGAGCUUGGAAGGGAUAGAACCCGACCACAUAACUUUGUUGGGAGUGAUUUUUGGUUGUGGCAAUGCUGGGCUCUUGGAAGAUGGGCUCGAGUACCUGACGAGGAUAUGUGAUGACUAUGGAUUGAUCCCACAAAUGAAUCACUAUGGCUGCAUGGUUGAUCUACUUGGAAAGGCUGGGUGGCUUUCUCUCCUGGACUGA